AUGAAUAAUCAAGAAAAAGAAGUUGUUUUUUUAUCUGAUCAAUCGUAUUAUCCUUUACACGACCUAAUUCGCUCGACUGCACUCGACGAUCGGCAGAAAUGUAUCGAAUUAUAUCGCCUGUCUUCUUUUGAAUCUGUUGAUAUAAACGAACAAGAUAGCGAACAACGAACAAUUUUACAUGUGAUUAUUAUCGAAAAACGAUUACAAUUAUUACAAUGUAUUUUACAAAAUGGUGCCGAUAUAUUGAAACGAGAUUGCAAAGGUUUGACCGCGUAUGAUUAUGCCAAAAAUUUAUCAUCGUACGAUCGUUCCAUUGCUUUACAAACUAUGGCCUUAUAUUUUCCUUCAUACUGGAUGGCUAUUGCUAAUCAUGAUAUUGGAGCUAUUCGAAAAUUAGUCAAUGCUUGGUGUCGUUUAGAUCAAUUAAUUGAAAACAAGACAUUAUUAACAUACGCCAAAGAGAAAGAAUUUCAUACUUGUCUUGAUUUGUUAACGAAAAUUAAACCAACUUUAGAUAUGGCAUUUGCAAUUAUGGGACAUGAUGCUGCAAAUGGUGCAACAUUACGCUAUUAUAUUAUGCAAGCGAAUAAUCUUGAGUUGAUAAAGAUUGUUUUAAAUGAUAAAUGCAAUAAUCUAAAUGAAUUAAUGUGGGAUGAUGACGGAAAUGAAUUGCCAGUUUACUUUACAAUGUUUUCUUCAUCUCGUCUCAGUGAUGAAGUUAUUUUACGUUUAACACCAAAAUGGAAAGAAGCACCCUAUUCAGGAGAUUUGAGUUCAUUGCGUUAUAGGGGUUUAUCAUUUCUAUGGUUUGCUAUUCAAAAUAAUGUCAAUUUCAAUCUAUUAAAAAUCUUACUUAGCUCAGAUUAUUGUCAAAAUGAAUUAUUAUCUAACAGAAACAAAAAUAACAAAACAAUUCGUGAUUGGGCAAUUGACGAACAAAAUGGCGAGCUUCUAGCAUUUAUCGAUGGUAUAAUAAAAGAUUAUGUGAUAAAUAAUCGAACGUUUCGAAACAGUUUGAUUUACAAUGGAUAUCAAAUUAAUUAUAUACUUGAAGAGCUACUUCAAUCCAAUGAAAAAUUUACGAAUGAAUCUUAUUCAUUCCAGGAAUAUAUAGAUGCUGUUCGAAUAUAUACGAAUCAAAUUUCUCAAUUACAUCGUUGUGUUGAUAACAAUUGUAGUUUAGAUUUGUUAAAACAAUGUUUGUUUGUUGAAAAUAGUUUUGAUUUACCAAAUAAUCUGAUUUUAUCUAGAGAAAUUGGCAAUUAUCAGACAAUAAUUCAUAAACUUGUUUUACAGCAAAAUUAUCCGUUAUUAGAAUAUUUAUUUGAGCACUAUUCACAUAUUAUUGGAAAGUUUGAUAUGAUAAGAGAUCACUGUAAUCGUACACCGUAUCAUUAUGCUUGUGGUUUAUUAUUUAAUGAUAUCCAAAAACUUUUAUCUCAAUUUGGUGCAUCUGAUUUUGUUACAGAUAAGGAUGGUAAAUCACCAUUAGACUUUGAAGUACGUAGAACGUCUCCAGAAGUACAACAGUUAUUACUAUCUCAGUUAGAAAAUUCUCCAGAGCCGAAUCCAUGGACAGAUGAUGUUUGGUAUCGUUUACAAACAGAAACGCGUAUAAAUAAUUUACGAAAACUUUCCUAUUAUUCUCUAUGUGAUUGGAAUCAAAAUCAUUCAGAAUUAAUUGGUUUUAAAUUUAUGCCUGCUUGUAAAUGGUUGACAACAACGUUGAGAGAAUUAUCAAUAUCUAGUAGUCAUAGUGAUGAAUCAGAAUGUAGUAUAUGUUGUUCAUCGUCGUUAAGUGAAAUAGAAUAUGCGUUAAUCGAAAAUGAAGAGGAUACCGACAGUGAUCUAAAUAGACAAGAACGUCGGUUAAAACGUAAACGAAGUCAAUGGUGUAGUCUAUCAUAA